UGCUCUCCGGAGAGUUGCCCGGCCCCUUCGGUGAGGAGUUCGGAGCAGCCCCGCUGCAGAGUCCACGCUGCCGGCUGAGCCAGACCCACGCGAGUGCGAGAGCCCAGGUGCGGUGCCAUCUCUGCUUUUCGUCCGGGUUGGACCCCGGCUUCGAGGUGUUCUUCUCUGAAGUAAGAUGGCUUGUCAAAAAUUUUGUAUGGCUUUGUUACAGUGGGAAUUGAUUUACGUGAUAACAGCAUUUAACUUGGCAUAUCCCAGUACUCCUUGGAGAUUUAAGCUGUUUUGCAUGCCACCAAACACAACUUACGACUUUCUCUUGCCUGCUGGAAUCUCAAAGAACACUUCAAAUUUGGAUGGAUAUUAUGAGCCACUUUUAGAAGCUAAAUUUAAUUCAAGUGGUACCUACUAUUCUAAAUUAACAUCCAAAACAACUUUCCACUGUUGCGUUUGGAGUGAGGAAAAUGAAAACUGCUCUGUACAGGCAGACAACAUUGAAGGGAAGGCAUUCGUUUCAACAGUAAAUUCUUUGGCUUUUCAACAAAUAGGUGCAAACUGGAACAUACAGUGCUGGAUGAAAGAGGACUUGGAAUUACUCAUCUGUUAUAUAGAGCCAUUAUUUAAGAAUUCUUUCAAGAAUUAUGACCUUAAGGUCCAUCUUUUAUAUGUUCUGCCUGAAGUGUUAGAAGAACCACCACUGGUCCCCCAGAAAGGCAAUUUCCAGCUUGUUCAGUGCAACUGCAGUGCUCACAAAUGUGAAUGCCAUGUGUCUGUGCCAGCAGCCAAACUCAACUGCACUCUCUCUAUGUAUUUAAAUAUCACAUCUGGGAGAGUGAUUUUUCAGUCUCCUUUAAUGUCAGUUCAACCCAUCACUAUCGUGAAGCCCGAUCCACCAUUAGGUUUGCAUAUGGAAAUCACAGACAGUGGUGGUUUAAAUAUUUCUUGGUCCAGUUCAACAUUGGUACCAUUUCAACUUCAAUAUCAAGUGAAAUAUUCAGAGAAUUCUACAAGUAAGAGAGAAGCUGAUGAGAUCGUCUCAGCCACAUCGCUGCUAGUAGACGGUGUGCUUCCAGGGUCUUCGUAUGAGGUUCAGGUGAGGAGCAAGAGGCUGGAUGGCCCAGGCACCUGGAGUGACUGGAGCACCCCUGUUAUUUUUACCACACAAGAUGUCAUAUACUUUCCACCUAAAAUUCUGACAAGUGUUGGGUCUAAUGUUUCUUUUAACUGCAUUUACAAAAAUGAAAACAAGAUUGUUUCCUCAAAAAAGAUUGUUUGGUGGAUGAAUUUAGCUGAGAAAAUUCCUGAAAGCCAGUAUAACAUCAUGGGGGACCAUGUUAGCAAAGUUACUCUUCCCAGUUUGAAUGCAACCAGGCUGCGAGGAAAGUUCACCUACGAUGCCGUGUACUGCUGCAACGAGAAUGAGUGCCACCAUCGCUAUGCUGAACUCUAUGUGGUUGAUGUCAAUAUCAAUAUAAUAUGUGAAACUGAUGGGUACUUAACUAAAAUGACUUGCAGAUGGUCAACUAAUGCAAUCCAAUCACUCGCGGGGAGUACUUUGCAAUUGAGGUAUUAUAGGAGCACCCUUUAUUGUUCUGAUGUUCCAUCUAUUCAUUCCACGUCUGAACCCAAAGAUUGCCAUUUGCAGAGAGAUGGUUUUUAUGAAUGCAUAUUUCAGCCAAUCUUUCUAUUAUCCGGCUACACAAUGUGGAUAAGAAUCAAUCACUCUCUGGGUUCACUGGAUUCUCCUCCAACGUGUGUUGUUCCUAAUUCCAUGAUAAAACCAUUACCUCCAACAAGUGUGAAAGCAGAAAUUACUGCAAAAGUUGGAUUACUGAAAAUAUCUUGGAAAAAGCCAAUUUUUCCAGAGAAUAAUCUUCAGUUCCAGAUUCGUUAUGGCUUAAAUGGAAAAGAAAUACAGUGGAAGAUGUAUGAGGUAUAUGAUGCAAAAUCAAAAUCUGUCAGUCUCCCGGUGCCAGACCUGUGUGCGGUCUACGCUGCUCAGGUGCGCUGUAAGAGGCUGGAUGGAGUGGGAUAUUGGAGUAACUGGAGUGCUCCAGCCUACACAGUGGUCAUGGAUGUAAAAGUUCCUACCAGAGGACCUGAAUUUUGGAGAAUAAUUCAUGAAGACAGCUCAAAAAAGGAGAGAAAUGUCACUUUACUUUGGAAACCCCUGAUGAAAAAUGAUUCAUUGUGCCAUGUGAGAAGAUAUGUAGUAAAGCAUCAUACUGCCGGCAAUGGAAUAUGGUCAGAAGAUGUGGGCAAUCACACCAAAUUCACUUUUCAAUGGACAGAGCAAACACAUUCUGUGACAGUUCUGGCCGUCAAUUCGAUUGGCGCCUCUUUUGCAAAUUUUAAUUUAACGCUCUCAUGGCCCAUGAGCAAAGUAAACAUCGUGCAGUCACUCAAUGCUUAUCCUUUAAAUAGUAGUUGUGUGAUUCUUUCCUGGAUGCUAUCGCUUAGUGAUUACAAUCUAAUGUAUUUUAUUCUUGAGUGGAAAAUUCUUAAUGAAAACAAUGAAAUUAAAUGGCAUAGAAUCCCUUCAUCUGUUACGAAGUAUUAUAUCCAUGAUCAUUUUAUCCCAAUUGAGAAGUAUCAAUUCAGUCUUUACCCAAUAUUUAUGGAAGGAGUGGGGAAACCGAAGAUAAUUAAUGAUUUUACCCAAGAUGAUAUUGAAAAACACCAGACUGACCCAGGUUUAUAUGUAAUUGUGCCAAUAAUUAUUUCUUCAUUAACCUUGUUGCUUGGAGCAUUGCUAAUAUUACAUCAAAGAAUGAAGAAGCUCUUUUGGGAUGAUGUUCCAAACCCCAAGAAUUGUUCCUGGGCACAAGGACUUAAUUUUCAAAAGAGUACGGACAGUCUUUGAAGUCUAAUCAUGAUCACUACAGAUGAACCCAAUGUACCAACUUUCCAACAUUCUAUAGAGUAUUAGAAGAUUUUUACAUUUUGAAGAAGGGGAGAAAAUCUAAAAAUAAAAUUUGGUUGAACUACUAAGAACUAAACUAUGAUGGAUCUGUUGAUUUAGAACUAAAAACAGAUGGGUAAAUUUGGGAUGGAGAUGAAAGUCUGAGUCCAAUUCAGUUUGGAUGUAUGAUUACUUUUCAGGUCAUCUGAAGUUUAAAAAGCAGUAUUUAUGAUAUCUGGCUUUUGUUUGAUCAUUUGGUCAUGAAACAUUGAAAAACUCUAACUGUUGUUCUUAUUACAUAUCUAUUAGGUAUCAUCAAAUAAAAACAAUGUUGUCACUAGAUGAAAACAGCAGUUUCUGACAGUUUUUCAGAUAUACUGGCUCUAAUUUCAGAUGAAAUAAAAGUAGUUCACUUAUACUUUUAUGUCCGAAAUAUUCCAUCUCAUAUCCCUUUAUAGACACUUCCCUGUAGUCAACCUGGGAGUUUUCAUUUCCCAUACUUUGGAAAAUGGUCAAGUGCUAACUUCCAUUUCAUUUCAAAAAAGCCAGAAGUUACAGUUUGUGCUGGUCACAGGCCUCUGCAAGUUCCAGUUAAUAUCAGCAUGACCUGGCAUAGCUAGAUCAGAUUGACCAGAAAAUACAUUAGCUUCCAAUUCAGCCUCCUUGUAAAAUUUUUGCUUGAAUUUAAUAUAUUUAUACUGAACCUCCCAAAGCUUCUGGCAGGCAAGGGAGUACACAGUGGUACAAGAAGGAAGACUCUUUGGAGCUUUUACAAAUAUUUCAUGGCGAGGACUGGACGUUUCUCCCCGAAAAAGUCCACCUGCUGUUUCUAUGAACUUAGCAUACUAACUGUUCUGUUGCUCACAUUCAAAAUAAACCAAAGUCUUCGUUUGAUGAACCGAAAAAAAAAAAAAUCAAAUUUAGGCUAUACAUAGAUCACUUAAAUUUAGAUUUCAUUCAUAUUUUUAUUUGAAUGUAAAAAAAUAAAACUAAAAAAUGAGGAGAAUGGUAUCCUUUUUCCCCUUCAUUGACUUUAAAUAGAUGUCAUUGGAAUGUAAAAUCUGAGUGAAAUUAAGGAAAGACAUUCUUUAUUUCCCACAGCUAAACAAAUAUUUAAUAUGUUCCCAGACUCAUCUAAAAACCUCAAAAAUUUAGAUGCAUACAGUAAUUUAGAUGCUUUUGAAUAAGUAUACUUUUAAUAAAGGUUUGUGACCCCUUUAUACCCUUCAAUAAUAUAUGAGUGUAUGAUUUAAAAGUACUUAUUAGUGAAGUCUUCCAUCUAAAACGAGUGCAAUCGUAGACCUGGGGUCAGUUUUUCGUUACCCAUUAAGAAGUUCUAGAAGGCAUUUAGUAUGCCAAACAUGUCAUUUGAAAAACAUAUGUGAGUGUGACUGCAUUCCAUGGGCCAUGUUGUAUAUAUUUUUUGUUUUCACACUGAUAGUAUGUAAUUCCUUUAUUUGGUGACCUUAAUUUCUAGGUUAUUUUUAAGAAAUUCAAAACAUAUACCAUAGUAGCCUUAAGAAAAAACAAAAUAAACAAGCAAAUGUUUGAAGAAAAUAAUAAAUCUAAGCAUAGAUUUCUGUCAGAAAGAAACUAGCCACAGAAACAGUUUCUCUUACUAUAUUAUGUUUAUAGAAUAAUGGAAAAGUUAUGUUAACAUGUAUUUGUCAUUAUGCAGUAUUUUAAUAUCUUUAUAAGCCUAUCCCAUUAUUAUUAUAUUUACGUUUGGUAUAUUUAUUCUUUUAUGGUUAUAAUUACCAAUAUAUUUCAUUUCAGUUCAAAAAUUUGCUAAAUGAAUUAGGUUUUUAUAUGGAAUAGAUUUGCCAUUUUGAAUUCAGGCAACAAAUCUGAAUUCAUUUUAUUAGUUUAAAAUUUUUAAUAUUCAAAAGUUCACUUAUAUGUGUGAUAUGCAAAUUGCACACAUUUUCUAUAGCACUUCAUUUAGUUGUGUUAAUUUUUCAAUGUGAUGUGUCCACAGUAUUCUUUAUUUUACAUUUAUUUUUUCAGUAUGUUUCACAUUGUAUGAGUUGUAUUUUUUGCACACAUAUUCUUGAUGUUUAUGCUUGAGAGGAUUUUUCUUUUGCUGUAACCACCAUUCUUAUAAAAUAUAUGAUAUGCA